GCCCUUUCCCGCUCUGGAAAGGAAGAGAAAUGGAAGUGAAAAAGUUGAGCAUUUCCUGGCAAUUCUUGAUAGUUCUGGUUCUGAUCCUGCAAAUUCUGUCUGCGUUGGAUUUUGACCCAUACAGAGUCCUAGGGGUCAGCCGAACAGCCAGUCAGGCUGAUAUUAAAAAGGCUUAUAAGAAGCUCGCCCGGGAAUGGCAUCCUGACAAAAACAAAGAUCCUGGAGCAGAAGACAAGUUCAUUCAAAUUAGCAAGGCUUACGAGAUUCUUUCCAAUGAAGAAAAGAGAUCACAUUAUGACCACUAUGGAGAUGCUGGGGAGAGCCAGGGCUACCAGAAGCAACAGCAGCAGCGAGAGUAUCGCUUCCGCCACUUCCACGAGAAUUUUUAUUUUGACGAAUCUUUUUUUCAGUUCCCUUUUAAUUCCGAACGGCGGGACUCAAUUGAUGAGAAGUAUUUAUUGCACUUUUCACACUAUGUGAAUGAAGUGGUUCCAGACAGCUUCAAGAAACCCUACCUCAUUAAGAUCACCUCAGACUGGUGCUUCAGCUGUAUCCACAUUGAGCCUGUCUGGAAAGAAGUAGUUCAAGAACUCGAAGGUUUGGGCGUAGGAAUUGGCGUGGUCCAUGCUGGGUACGAGCGACGCCUGGCCCAUCACCUGGGAGCACACAGCACACCCUCGAUCUUAGGAAUCAUAAAUGGGAAGAUCUCCUUCUUCCACAACGCAGUUGUCAGUGAGAACCUGCGGCAGUUUGUAGAGAGUCUGCUUCCAGGGAACUUGGUGGAGAAAGUUACAAGCAAAAAUUAUGUCAGGUUCCUCUCUGGCUGGCAGCAAGAGAAUAAACCACGUGUCCUCCUGUUUGACCAAAUGCCCACUAUACCACUGCUCUACAAGUUGACUGCUUUCGCACACAAAGAUUACUUGUCAUUUGGAUAUGUGUAUGUCGGUUUGAGAGGGGCAGAAGAGAUGACAAGGCAAUACAGCGUCAAUGUCUAUACCCCCACCAUCCUGAUCUUUAAAGAACACAUCCACAAGCCUGCAGAUGUUAUCCAGGCCCGAGGUAUGAAGAGACAGGUCAUUGAUGACUUUAUCACCCAAAACAAGUAUCUGUUGGCAGCCAGGCUCACCAGCCAGAAGUUGUUCCAUGAACUCUGCCCCGUGAAACGGUCUCACCGACAGAGGAAGUACUGUGUGGUUUUACUGACGGUUGAGGCUACCAAGUUGAGCAAACCCUUCGAGGCGUUCCUGUCCUUUGCCCUGGCAAACACACAGGACACCGUGAGGUUCGUGCAUGUCUACAGCAAUCGGCAGCAGGAAUUUGCCAGCACCUUACUGCCAGACAGUGACACGUUUCAAGGAAAAUCAGCGGUGUCUAUCUUAGAAAGGCGUAACACGGCAGGGCGGGUGGUGUAUAAAACCCUGGAGGAUCCCUGGACCGGGAGUGAGAGUGAUAAAUUCAUCCUUUUGGGUUAUCUGGACCAACUGCGGAAAGACCCAGCUCUUCUGUCGUCAGAAGCUGUGCUCCCCGACUUGACUGAUGAACUUGCUCCUAUCUUUCUUCUUCGGUGGCUCUACUCUGCUUCUGACUACAUCUCAGACUCCUGGGACAGCAUAUUUCACAACAACUGGCGGGAAAUGAUGCCCCUUCUGUCCCUGGUUUUCUCUGCCCUCUUCAUCCUCUUUGGCACUGUCAUCGUUCAAGCUUUCAGUGACUCAAACGAGGAGCGAGAGUCCAGCCCUCCAGAUAAAGAGGAAGCCCGUGAGAAGACAGGGAAGACAGAGCCAAGCUUCACCAAGGAGCCCAGCAGCAAGAUUCCUAAAAAAGGUUUUGUGGAGGUAACAGAACUCACAGAUUUAACAUACACCAGUAACUUGGUACGCCUGAGGCCAGGCCACAUGAACGUGGUUCUCAUCCUGUCCAAUUCCACCAAGACCAGCCUGCUGCAGAAAUUUGCUCUGGAGGUCUACUCAUUCACUGGGAGCAGCUGCCUACACUUUUCCUUCCUGAGUCUAGAUAAACACAGAGAAUGGCUUGAAUACUUACUAGAAUUUGCUCAAGAUGCGGCCCCAAUCCCAAACCAGUAUGACAAACAUUUCAUGGAGCGUGACUACACGGGCUAUGUGCUGGCUCUAAACGGCCACAAGAAAUACUUCUGCCUCUUCAAGCCCCAAAAAGCAGUGGAAGAGGAGGAAGCCAUGGGGCCGUGCAGUGACUUUGACUCCUCCCUCCAUCUGGGUGAGUGUCGAGGGAAGUCUUCCUCUGGCCUCGGACCCAGGCCCAUCAAAGGAAAAUUAAGCAAGCUGUCCUUAUGGAUGGAACGGCUGCUGGAAGGCUCCUUACAGAGGUUUUAUAUCCCGUCAUGGCCUGACCUAGACUGACAGGGCUUCAAAAAAGAGACUCGAACUCUUCAGACUUUUUAACAGGCCCCUGUGAACAGGUAUUUUUCAGGACUCAAACCAUCACAAUGGACAGAGUAUAGAUUUUAGAUUAUUCUUCCAGAACAAUGGCUAGAAGAAUCUUUCCUUUGUCCUGUCCUAUCCUAGGAGUGAAAAACACCACACGUUGACUUCCCCGGAUCAGAAUAUUUUCCUUUGGGUCUUUUUUUCCUCAUUUGAAUGCCACACUAUUUAAAACAGACUGUUCCUUCCCUCUUCCUUUGUCGUCUCUGCCACGUGCUCGCCCCACCCUCCCCGUCCCAUCUCUGUAUCUCUCUGCUGGGCCCUGCAGUGGAGGUGUGGGGGGGCCCUCUCAAGCCAGGUGUGCUGGGCGGUCACCUGCCUCCCCCGUCCGGCCGGGGCUGUGCUUCUGCCCCAGCGCUUGCUCUUCCAUUGGCACAACCCACCUCAGCUUCUGGGCCCUGCCUCUGCAUCCCCAAAGAGGCCUAGUUCCAAGCAAUCCUACGUUAAUGAUUUCUCUGGUAGUGAAUAGCUAAAACUAUAUUUGGGGGGCAUCCCCCUACAACAGCUGGUCAGCCACAGUUUUAAAGGUUAAGGAUGAGUGGGGGCUCUGCCUUUCAGUUCAGUUUUCUUCCCAAGACAAGAGAGGGGCAGGCUGGGCAGGGCCUGAGGCAGCACCUCUCUGAGCACCCCAUCGGCUGCCCCCCAAGCACUAAAGUGUCCUUGGAGGGGUCCUCAGGGCAAGAGGUACUGUAAUGACCUUGAACCGUUUACCUGUAUGUUUUCAGAUGCCUUUCUGCCUCUGUCAGUUCUAGGGUGUGGGCAUUAGGAGCCAUAACUUGUAAUCGUGUUCUCAGAACGUAGAGAUAAGCUGCCAUAAGCCAGUAGAUGUUCAACUGAAGACACGUUACUCCUGGUGUGAGUCAGGUUCAAGGAACCUCUUCGCUCCAGUGGUGUCUCCUUAGUAAAAUACCAGACACAUCUUUGUAUCAAGGAACUUAAAAUUUCUCAGCAGUUGUAUUUGAACCCUGUUACCCCAACAGUCCUAUAUCGUCAAGUCCUCUUUCAUGACAAGUGAGCCAAGACACGUUCUAGACUCCUGUUUUGCUCACUUUGAGCUUCUGGCCUAUAUUUCAAUGUCUCAUCUUAAUUGUUUUCACUCUCAACAACUGCUUCACCAGUAACAGGAUCAGACCUGUCAUCAGCACCCCAGCUUGCUGGGUUCCGGUGAACCAUGGACUCCAGGCGGGAUUCUACCAGUCAGUUAGAGAGCUUUCCUUUUCUUUUUAGAGCAAACUGCCUGGAGUUUGGACAACCUCAGAGUUCAAAUGUCAAAGCAAAUUGUCCUUUUGUAAAGUGAAGGCUCAAAAUCAGUGAUGGGACAAAAGAGAUUAAUAACUGCUAUUUUCUUUAAUCAUAAUUGCUUUAAACUAAGCCAUUUGGAUUGAGUGACAGUGGCAAGUAAUAAAUUGAGUCCAGAAAUUCUUGUAGUUCAUGGAAUCUAUAGCUUUAUUAAAAAAAAAAAAUGGAAUCACUGCCAGGCUUUAUUUUUUCCACAUGACCCUCUCCAAAUGGGUGUUUAUUUUGAUUGCCCUAUCGCAUGGCACCUGGCCCAGGUGGGACUGAUCAAGGAAUUCAUUUUUGGCUCUGUGAUGCAAAAUUAUUUUCUGCAUCUCCUCUGGCCAAGUUGCUUAU